AUGACACAAGGUUAUCAGUAUCUUCAUGAUACUGUCAUAGAUGGCUGCCAAGCAUUCAGGAAGGCCAAUGGGAUGAGUAUUUUCGAGUACAACAGCAAGAAUCCUGAGGCAAAUAGAAUGUUCAAUGAUGCCAUGACUGCUCAGACAAGCUCUGUAAUGGCUUCUGUGUGUAAGGUGUAUGAUGGGUUUAAGAGCUUCAAGAGUGUGGUGGAUGUUGGAGGAGGAGAAGGUUCUGCAAUAUCUACAAUUGUUAAGGAAUAUCCCCAUAUUCAUGGCAUCAAUUUCGACCUUCCUCAUGUUGUAAGGGCUGCUGCUCCAGCAAAAGACAAAAAUGGAGGCAGCUGUCUUGAAAUAUUUAUCACAGUAGCCAAGCCCAUGGCCCUUCAAGCAGCUGUCUUGCUUAACAUUCCAGACAUUAUUGGUAGUGAAAAUCAGCUUGACACUUGUUUGUAA